GUCCCUGGGCCGCACCAAGAACGUCUCGAGUCGUUUAAAUAAAAGGCGUGUCCUCUUGUGCUAUUUGCAUGGAGGAGGGGCCUCGCACGCACCCAGCACGUUGCGGGCCCCCUGCUUCCACAAUGCUCCGGGCUGUAUAAGUUGGCUGGGGCGGGUCCGGCCACAGAAGACUGCCAGGUGCCGCUUCUCCUUUCACCCGGCCUCCGCCACCUUCCGAUCUUCUCGUGCCUUCUUUCCGGCGCCCGCCGGCGGCCACAGCCAGGAUGCUCCCGAAGCGGCGGCGAGCGCCGGUCGGGUCCCCCGGCUGUCCUGCCUCCUCGGGGGCGCGCUUCCCUGGCGUUGCCAUCUACCUGGCUGAGCCGCGCAUGGGCCGCAGCCGCCGGGCCUUCCUCACGCGCCUGGCCCUCUCCAAGGGCUUCCGGGUCCUGGACGCCUACAGCCCCGAGGUGACACAUGUGGUGAUGGAAAAGACCUCAGCGGAGGAGGCCAGCUGCUGGCAGGAGCUCAGGGUGGCAGCAGGCUCUAUCCCUGGCCACACCAGCCCAGCGAUGCUGGACAUAAGCUGGUUUACGGACAGCAUGGCAGCUGGGGAGCCCGUGGCUGUGGAGCCCCGGCACCGCCUGGAGGUGGCCAUGCCUGGGAAAGAGGUGCCAGGCCUGGUGUGGAUGCCACAGUACGCCUGCCAGUGCCCCACACCCCUCACACACCACAACCCCAACCUCACGGAGCCUCUGGAGAUGCUGGCGGAAGCUGCCGGCUUUGAAGGCAGUGAGGGCCGCUUCCUCUCCUUCCGCAGAGCGGCCUCAGUGCUCAAAGCCCUUCCGAGCCAGGUCACAGCCCCGAACCAGCUGCAGGGGCUGCCCCACUUUGGAGAACAUUCCUACAGGGUCGUCCAGGAAGUGCUGGCUCGAGGAGUAUGUGAGGAGGUAGAGAGAAUCCGGUGCUCAGAGAGGUACCAGACCAUGAAGCUUUUCACCGGGAUCUUCGGGGUCGGGGUAAAGACUGCUGACCGGUGGUACCGGGAAGGGCUGCGGACCCUCAACAGCCUCCAAGAGCAGUCCCAGAGGCUGACCCAGCAGCAGAAAGCAGGACUCCGGCACUAUCAGGACCUGAGUGCCCCAGUCCAGUGGCCCGAGGUGGAGGCUCUGCAGCAGGUGGUGGAGGCAGCCGUGGGGCACAUCCUUCCUGGGGCCACCAUCACGCUAGUCGGCGGCUUCCGGAGGGGCAAGUUGCAGGGCCACGAUGUGGACUUCCUCAUCACCCACCCCCAGGAGGGCCGGGAGGCAGGGCUGCUGCCCAGAGUGAUGCACAGACUGGAGAGUCAGGGCCUUGUCCUGUACCACCAGCAUCACCACGGCCACUGUGCAGAUGCCACCUGCCCGUCCCGGCACAACCACGCCAUGGACAGCUUUGAGAUGACCUUCUGUGUCUUCUGCCUGCCUCCACCCCCAGGGGCUGCUGUGGGGGGCACCCAGAGGGCCGUGCGGGUGGACCUGGUGGUGGUCCCUGUCAGCCAGUUCCCCUACGCCCUGCUGGGCUGGACCGGCUCGAAGGUAAAGGGCAUGCUGCUGGGGCCGGGCCAGGGCCUCUGGUCAGUGGCCCCAAUACAGCCUUGCUUUCCGCAGCAUUUCCAGCGGGAGCUGCGCCGCUUCAGCCGGAAGGAGAGAGGGCUGUGGCUGAACAGCCAUGGGCUGUUUGACCCCCAGCAGAAGAAACAUUUCCAUGCAGCUUCGGAGGAAGACAUCUUCAGACACCUGGGCCUGGAGUACCUUCCCCCAGAGCAGAGGAAUGCCUGACCCAGCCACUGGCCCUGUCCGCUCUCUGGGGAGGCAGGCCCUGUAGAUGUCCUUGGCCACCGAAAGUCUCCAGGGCAAAGAUGCACUGUGGCCCCAGGUCCUAACCCCACACCCAGGCCUAGAUAGAAUGAAAUGAGCACACAUAACAAACCAAG